CAGGAAACCAUGACGUCCCCGACCACGAGCACGUCCGUGGCCGUUCCUCCCAAGUACGAGUAUCUCAAGUCCCUGAGCGACAUUCAGAGCAUACGUGACCUGAGCGAAGACGCCGUGCGCGACAUCUUGCGCCAGCACACGUGCGAUCAUGGCCUGGAAGUGCUGGAAAUGGGCGCCAUCGAGGACAUGUCCGGCUUGAACGAUGCCUUCAACUCCACGAUUUGUGCCCUUCGCAUCAAGGCCAAAUUCAGUGCAUUUAGUAAACCCGCAGCAGCAGCCACAACCAAAACGACGACGAGCAACUCAGGCGAUUCCAGCGGAAGCGACAUGAUGCCCAAGGUGGUUCAAGACAGUGCAAACCAGGAAAAGACAGAGGAAGAGUUUCAUUUCGUUAUCAAAUCCCCGCCCAAGAUGUCCUUCAUUCGACAAGUGCACAAACUCUCGCGGCCGUUCUUCAACGAGGUGUCUUGGUACUUGGAUCUUGUUCCUCAAUUGGAUAUCGUGUUCGGCAAAGGCUCAAUCGAUCGCAUUCUGCCCACCUGUUACCACGCCUACUCGUCUUACUAUGCCAAUGAUAUGGGCGAGGGCUCGUGUUGCAUCAAGUCGUGUCCCUGGUUCUGUUGGUUACCAUGUCGACGAUCCGAACAGGGUGUCCUCAUUUUGGAGAAUGUCAAGAAAAUGUCCCAAAGUUUCGAAAUGUAUGACAAGCGCAAGCCACUCCCCCUGAAUCACAUCCGACUCAUCUUCGCGGAGUUGGCCCAUUUCCACGGGAAGUGGCUGGUCUGGAUCCAGAAGUGCAAAACCGGAGCCCUCAAAACCGAGAACAACACCAAGGUCGAGCCCAUCUCGUUCAACACGUUCAAGGCCACCUACAACACGCAGAAACGCAUCCCCAAGUUGCUCUACCAGCAGCUCAAGAACGUGGCCAAAAAGACCGUGAUCAAGAUGUUGCACAAACAGGGCGAGGAGCAGGAGCGCGAGUACAUUGCCAAAUGCGAAGCGUUCUUCAACCGCUCGGCCAUGCGCAUGUUGAACGAGUACAUGGACAAGGCGCCCACGGAUGUGUUCACGUUGUGCCACGGAGACUUCUGGUCCAACAACAUCAUGUUCUCCUACCCACCCGAGGACCAGGCCAAAGCCAAGCCCAACCAGCUGAUCAUCAUCGACUACCAACUCAUUAACUACGGCCAUCCGGCUUACGACCUCGUCUACUUCACAUACUUAAACACGGACCUCGAGUUCCGAGAUGCCCACCUCAAGGAGGUGCUCAAGGAAUACUACGACAUCUAUCACUCUUACUUGAUGCGAGCCUACCCGGACAUGAAGUACUCGUUCGAGGACUUCAUUGGCGAUUUUCACUACCACAAACCUGUGGGAUUCACCACGGCGUGCUCGGUGAUGCCCAAUGUGAUGUCCACCACCCAACUGGACUUGGAAACGGCAGGCAUUUGCGCUCUCCGGGAACUUCAACAGAAGCAGGAACAAGAGCUGAACGACGACACGAAUCCCUCCAGUCUCGAGAUCCGUCGCAGGAUCGUGCAAAUGGUCCACGAAAUGGCGCGUGACGGCGUUAUUUAGACAGAACUAAUGGAACAGGAAAGAAAAGACAAGGAUUUUUUUAUUAUUAUUACCCAUCCUCCCAGCCCCUCCCUAUCUCCCCAUAACAUUAAAACAUCAUAGCUAGCAUUCUCCGUUCUCAUUUUCUCUUGUACUACUUCUCAUAUUAUGUCUCUCUGAAUGACAGACGUUUAAGGUUGGGAAAUAUUGGUUGGUGAUUCACGCAACCUUCAGAUUGAAAUUAAUAUUUUUUUUCUCUUCCCUAUAUGCCCUCUCCCUCUGUCCUAAGUCGACUUGUCGACGUCUUGUGUCUGUGUCCUAUGAUGAUAUCAAAGAGAUUAUUUAUUUGUGUUAGCGGAUAAAGAACUGUGGACAGAAUCCUGAUGUUUCCGGACGUUUGCAUUGUGAAUAUUUCACUUCUAUAACAAUGUU